AUGUACAAGUAUUUGGAUCGAAGAUGCGUCACGGAAUCGGAAUGUUUUAACAUGACGAAACCGUUGGACGUUGAAAAAAGAGACAUCGCAUCACCCUUUCCGUUCAGACCCAUUUUGGAUAUGUGCACUCUCGAAUGUCCGGCUAAUUUUUCCGAAUACGAAAAAGAAACGGAAUACGGAUUGAGAUUUCAGUGUCGACCCUGCGACGGUCCUUGUAAAAAAAUGUCCAGGAGGAGCAUAAACAGCAUUUCAUCCGCUCAAAA